UCUUUCAAUGCCACUACAACGGCCGUUGUGAAAGUUACAGAUGUUCAAAAUCGGCCGCCAGUGUUCCUCGGAUCUUUUUCUGCCGUCGUCAGUGAAGACGUCCCCGUGGGAACUUACGUGAUGACAGUGAAAGCAAUCGAUGGCGACCGAGGAAUUCCCAGGAAUAUUCGCUACUCUAUCGUUUCGAAUCCAGAAAACUUCUUCGCAAUCAACAGAAACACGGUUAUAACAACUGCGAACUUGUUGGACAGAGAGAAACUGAGCUCCUCAAACGGCGUGGUCACUGUCAAAGUCAAAGCUUCGGAGCUGGAAGGCGACCGGCCGCUGGACGAACCGGGAUCAUCGACGACCACCGCGUUGGCCAUCACGGUGAAGGACGUGAACGACGAGGCGCCUACGUUCAGCCGGCCAAGCUACAGUGUCAGCGUGAGCGAGAACAUUCCUCCUGGGAGCCCACUGCCGAACCUUGACAUGUUCGUCCAGGACACGGACACGGGUUCCAACUCAGUUUUUAAUAUCAACCUCAUGGAUUCUUCUGGGAUGUUUGCCGUGGAGCCCACCAUCGCAACUGGUUCGACAUCUGUAAGCAUCCGGAUUGUGAAAGGACCGCUGGACUACGAGAAUCCCAACCAGCGAAAGUUUAUCUUACUGGUGGUCGCGGAAGAAGCAUUCACGAAUCCGAAGUUGUCCAGCACGGCUACGGUUACAGUGAAUGUGCUCGAUAUCAACGACAACGCUCCUGUGUUUGAAGAAGACAGCUACACUGCUUCGAUUGUCGAAGAUGCGUCACCCGGUAGCGUGGUUACGACCAUAGUGGCUACGGACAGAGAUACAAGCCCACAUGGAGAGUCUGGUCUAAUGUACUCACUUCUCGGAAACGGUGCCGACAAAUUCCACGUGGACCCCAGCUCGGGCGUGGUGACGGUGGCGCCGUGCGAGACUCCUGGCCGCGGUAAUUGCCUAGACUUCGAGUCGCGGCCCUCCUACUUCCUCUCGUACCAGGCGACGGACGACCGGGGCCGGGGCCAGAGCGCCGUGGUGCCACUUACAGUGCGCCUCACAGACGCCAACGACAACCCGCCGGCCUUCGAACAGCACCUGUACACGGCGCUCAUCGACGAGGGAGACGUGCGUUUCGACCCCCCGCUCAGGGUCCAGGCCCGAGACCCUGAUGUGACGUCGUUCGUGAAGUACAGCAUCGUGUCCGGAAACAGCUACAAUCUGUUCACUAUCAACCCGCAGACGGGUGACAUUACAGUCACCAAUCGUCAAGGAUUGGAUGUUUCUCUCCUCAAGUCUGACGUGAUUACACUGACCGUUCAGGCUUCGGACGGUGGUUCGGGUAUCGAUACUGCUAUAGUGAAGAUUACUGUAAGGGAUGCCAACAACAACGCUCCCGUCUUUCAGAAAGAGCGCUACAUUGCUUCAGUUCCUGAGGCUUCUCCGCCAGGCACCCUGGUGGAACAGGUGUCUGCGACGGACGCCGACACGGGGGCAAACGCUCACGUCACAUACCGCAUCCUCAAGGGAGCCUUCGAUGACUUCACCAUAGAUGCCAACACUGGAGUGGUCUCGCUGUCCGCGACAAGUCGCCUAGACUAUGACAGGCGAAGCAGCUACGUAAUGGAGAUUAUUGGGGUCGACGGCGGCGUUCCAGAGAAGACAGGAACCACUACGCUCAGCGUGAACAUUCUGAACAGCAACGACAAGAUGCCAUACUUUCAGCCGACGACCCAAAGGGCACAAGUGUCUGAAGGGGCGCCAGUUGGUUACAGAUUCUACAAACUUGUUGCCAAAGAUCCGGAUGCUAGUUCACCAGAAUUCUUGAAGUACGGCAUUGCUGAACCUGUAACAGCCAUCGCCAAAGACGGAAGAAACGUGAAUGAGUCAGUUCAAGCGUACAAGGCUUUUUUCGAUGUGGAUGAAAAUACUGGAGAAGUGAAAGUGGCGUCUCAGCUCAACCGCGAAGCUGCUGCCGUCGUUAUGCUAACAACCGUGGUGACCGACGUCAGCGCUGUGCCACGUCAGACUGGCUUAGGGACUCUCGUGAUAACCAUAGUGGACCUCAAUGAUUUUCCACCAACGUUUCCGCCGCCUUGGAGCCCUGACCACCCGGAACUGUACAUCAGCGUCAUGGAGGAGCAGCCCAUAGGAAGUGUUGUAGCGUCCUUCGUCGCCACAGACCCAGACUCGAACAUUGCCAGUUACGCGAUAGAACCCGAAAAUCCUUAUUUCGCCAUUGACAAGCUUUCAGGUGUGGUCACAAUACACAAGAGAGUCGACUACGAACGAGUGCAAGAAUUGAGGUUUUCCGUUGUUGUACGAGACACCGGCAUUCCUCAACUAUCAGCGGUCGCGUUGGUUACGGCAACUGUUACGAACAUAAAUGACAACGACCCCACUUUUUCUCAGAAAGCCUACCACGCUUCAGUCCAGGAAAACGCCCCUCAAGGUACGUUUGUGACAAGAGUUGAGGCAAGAGACAUCGAUGCUGGAGAAUUCGGAGUCGUUUCUUACUCCCUGCUGGGUGAGAAAAGCGGAGACUUCCACGUCAAUAAGCAGGGGGAAAUACGCGUGGCGGGAAUGGCCAACUUAGAUAGAGAAAUUACUGCCGCGAUCACCCUUCAAGUGGUAGCCACUGACAUGGGUCAUGAAACAACAACGAGGAGAUCUGUGUCCGUACCGGUGUACAUCACCCUCCUCGAUGACAAUGACAGCCCUCCUGUUUUCACAAAGAAGACCUACGAGGCCUCGUUCGUCGCAAACAGCCCGCUGGAGUCGGCACAGAGCAUUGUUCAAGUGUCGGCAACGGAUGCGGAUGAAGGAAUCAACGCCGAGAUUCGCUACUCUAUCGUUGCUGGGAACGAAAACGGUGUCCUCGCUGUCAACCCGAAGACCGGCAUCGUAUACCCCGUGAAAAAGCUGGAGAGCAGCCGCAAGGAGUACCGCAUCGGGCUUGAGGCGCGCGACGGCGCAGGUAACGGGCCCAACACAGACAACUGUAUCGUACUCAUCAGGCUCAUCGAAAUCAACCUGGACAAGCCGCAUUUUGUGACGCCGUCACUUCCCAACGCGACUGUAGAAGUCAUGGAGAAUCAAACCCACUCUAAUCAGAUCAUAAUGACAGUGGAAGCCACGGACAAGGACCACGGAGAUAACGGCCGAAUUUCCUACUACUUUAAGGUAGGAGAUAGGAACGUCGCUGAAACGGACGAAUUUCGUAUCGAUGAAGUCACGGGAGAAAUUCAGGCAAAAGUCAUCCUCGACAGAGAGUUGAGGCCACGUUACGAGCUGGUGCUUGUCGCCAAAGACCACGGCACACCUGCCCCAUUUGAGACGCUGCGGUUCCUGACCGUUGUGUUGAAGGAUAUCGACGACAACGCGCCUCUAUUCCCUCGCACCCGAUCUACGACCCCUUAUGUGUUCCACAUCAAGGAGAACUUAAACCACGGUUUCCACGUCGGAAAGGUGACAGCUAUUGACCAAGACGUCGGCGAGAAUGCCAUGGUCUACUAUUAUAUUAUCGAUGGAAAUUGGGAUAUGCUGUUCACGAUUGACAAGAUGCAGGGAAUCAUCUACUCAAAUGCCUCGUUUGACCGAGAAUCCAAGGACGUCUUCGAACUGGUGGUGAAAGCUUCCAGCAACCCAGAUUUCCUCGUAUACUCGAGGCAAGCCGAUGGCCUUCCUCCCAGCAUACGCAGCUACAGCGAGUCCGACAGAACGGUGGCCCUCGUCAAUGUGCACAUUGACGACGUGAACGAUAAUGCGCCAGUUUUCAUAAACGCCCCGUACUACGCAGGGCUGCGUUUCACCGCCGUGGAAGGAGACACAGUAUUCACCGUGCGUGCCCGGGACCCAGACGAAGAGACGUCGGACGGCCCGGCCAUCGCAUACCGCAUCGAGCACGUCACGCUGUUCCUUCCUGGCUCAACGGGUGGUAUCCGACCCAUACCAGCCUCGUUUAAUGUGUCAGCCGACGGCCGUGUGUGUGCUACCCACCCCAUGGCCCAGUACAGUCAGGCGCGCUUCACCGUCGCCCUUGAGGCCAAGGAGACGGUGCCUCCGCACCGCGCUGCCCGCACCACGCUGAAGGUCUGGAUCUACGAACCCGAACAACUAGUGCGAGUAAUAAUCGCUCAGCCCCCGGAGGAAGUGUACAGGGAUCAAAGGAGCGUCAUAGUUGUCCUUUCUAAUGCCACUGGAGGAACUGUCGUGAUUGACAAGUUGAAAUAUCACGUGAACGACAAGGGGAAGCUAGUGAAAUCUUGGACUGACCUGCACAUUCACGUUCUUGACAAAAACGACCGUGUAAUUCACACACCGGAGGUUCUCGACGCAGUUGAUUCCAACAUCAAGCUCGUCCGGUUCCAAAACCCUGAACUGCAAAUUCACAACGUUCUCCCUGCACGAGUUGGCAUCAGCAAGCAAGAGUUCGAUUUGGCCUUAGCUGUGCUGAUUGCGAUGCUGGUGGUGAUAUUCGUCGGCGUCGUGACCAUGAUGGUUUGUUGUACCUGCCUGAAAUCCUGGUAUGCCUACAAAGCCAAGGAAGCUUUAGUACGGCACGACGAAAGUCCCCCGGUGACUACUACAGAGAAUCCGCUGUGGACAGAACAGAAGCUCAAGAUCUACGAAGAACAGGAGCUGAGCAUGAGCGUCGCGCCUGACAACAUGGUGACCACGGAGGCGGACAUCGCCGCCUUCAACUUCAACGACGACACGAGCAGCGCCGUGUAUGCCACGCUGCGGCGCAACAGCGUCAGCCACGUGGUCGCAGAGUCGCGCAACGGCUACUCCACCCUCACGAGCCACCGGCCCACGGCCUCGUCCCGCAGGCAGCGCGAGCCGGACGCCACAGAUAGUCACGAGUACCAUGAGCUGCAUUCGAGCGACGCCCGUCCCACCGGCGACAGCACUCCGUUCAGCACCUUCAGACCCACGGGGAAGAACACGCCCACGACAGAAGGGAGGCUCUUCCAAGAAGCGAGCUCCUCCCAUAAAAGCAAUGAGCCUGUUCUAGUGGCCGAGCUGUUAUAGGACGAUAUUUAUUCUUAAGGCUGGCGA